CCGACAAUUACCCAUAGCCGAAAUGGUGUGUAGGUGUGUACUACUACAGCAUUCGUAUGACACGUUCCGAUGAACGCUGAAAUCCCGGCCUGUUCCUUUGGGGGUGACAGGCAAUAAGCAGGGGGCUUCCUGUGAGGCCCAUGCCGGUGAGACUCGCUGACCACAAUGUCCUAUGGUACGUACCUUGCUGCCUCACAUCAUCCGCCAAUGCAGGCCUUCAUGUGGGGUGUGGAGGUCCCAAGUGCCUCGUGGUAGAGGUUACCUACGCGUUCAAUGUUAGUGUUGCAGUAAGAAUUGCGAAACAGGCCCCCCCUCAUCAGCCAGCUGCACCCGGGGGGGUUUUACCACGGCGCCCACCACCAAUGAAGUUGGCGAAUAUCAACCCCAACUGCAUCUUAUCAAUCCAGUUUGGCGGCUACCUAGCCUUCUUGAGAAUCGGUCGUUACCCACCGACCCCAUCACAAAUCGGUGGCUACGGCUGAGUGGAGGGAUAUCAAGGCCUCUUUAGCGCGCUAACCUCACUUCUGUGGCGUUGCUCGGUUUCAUCCCACGCCCUGAUCCCGGCAGCGUCGUUACGGGCGGGCUGCCUACGUACGCAUCUCUUAACCCUUUCAGCUUCUGCCUUCACAGCUGACUCUGGAUGUAAAAACUAUCUCAUGCCUAGCACAGCUAAUCACUACAAUGAAAAUUGGAGGAAGUGGUGACGGUGUGGGUUCAAUCCGCAGCAUCAGGUCGACCAGACGUCUGCCACCUUGCGACACAGUCAGGUGCUCGAGAUGGUGGCUCGGUGCUCAUGCUGUGCGAUCGUAGGAUGUCUCAGCGAUUGAACCAGUUCCAUCUAGGAAGCGAUGCGUGGUGCUGUCUCGACCAAAAGAACAAUCGACACCAACAGGUCAGUCGCAGGUUGUUGUGGCGCACUUGCGAAAGCCUCAAGUGCAAAAAACAUCUCCCCGACUGGGAGUCGAACCCAGGUCUCCCGC